UCCUCUCAGCUGUUUCGGUGUCAGUCCUUUCACACACCAUUAGCUUUCGUUUAUACCUAAAAUUUAUCAGUCAAUUACAGGAAUAUGUGGAAUAAGACAGGCCCAUUUCUUCCCGUGUUCUCCGUUUUAAAGCAGACAUUCAGAUUGAAACUGACACUACAGGCGAUCAGCAUUAUUGGAGAACGGGAACAAACUGAAUCGCAGUCCCUCCGAUAGCUGUACGUGUCACAUCAAAAUAAGAAUAACGCAUGUUCCGCUGGGGAGGAUCGUUGUUGGAAGACAAAGUACUGAGUUUUUUUUUAAUUACAUUUAUUAUCCAAAUUAUUCUGGAAUUCCUAGAUUCAACAUUUAAAGACUUUUUAGCGAGUGUUUACUAACACGGUUAACAUAUUACACAACCAGUAUUAGCACGCUUCAGGUUUUUUUCUUCUCGUUUAGAAAACCCCCCACCUCCCAGUUUUGUAACUUUUAAAUCAUCCGCUCCAUCUCUUUCCGACAAAACAACCCCCGCGGACGUUCAAAGAGUCACUUACGGCCCCGACACAAGUUAGUUAUUAGCGGCAAAAGAAAAUAUCUGAGAAAUGUGGGACAGUCAGAGUAGUAAUGAAAGAAAGAAAAAAAGGGGGGGUGGAAAAGUGGAACAUCGGUGUUUACCUUGUAGAUGCUCGCACGCUAUUGGCUGGCGCGCCUGUCCGUCAGGGGUGGGGGCGGGGCCGCGCGGCUCGCGGUGAUCCCAGUCACCCCGCGGUGCCGAGCCUCCGGCUGACAUUCGGCACGCUGCCACUGCGGGGGACGCGCACAAUUCGGACCGCGCACCGCCGAACCCGGGACCGGCAAACGCCAGUGAGCGGUUGCCGGAAGACGCAGGGGGAUCCGCUGAGGCGUCCUGAAGUUUACCGGCGCGUCGUUUCAUUUUGUACUGUGACUAAAAGCUCCAUGUAGAAGUUUAUGAAGUGACGAACUUUCCUAUUCCCUUCCCUGAUCUUUUUUAUUAUUAUUAUUACUUUAUUGCUUGUUUUUUUUUUUGUGCGACUUCGGAGAUCUAUGCGACUUCUGGCUGUCCGUUGCAUUUGCUAUUAAGAUGGCAGAAGCCCCGCUGCAGCCGCAGCUCGUCGAGAUCGACCCGGAGUUCGAGCCACUUUCGCGGCCCCGUUCCUGCACCUGGCCGCUUCCUCGGCCGGAGUUCAUUGACCCGGCCGGCGGAUCUAACACAUCCUCACCGGCCCCGUCCGUCAAGCAGGAGCCGGGGGGCACCGUCGAUUACAUCAACAACCUCAGCUUGCUGGAAGAGACCGAAGAUUACCCGGAGCAGAAGCCUCUCUCCUUGUGCAAUGAUUACCAGUGCCAGGAGCAAAACUGCAUUCACCAGCACACCCAUCAGCAUCAACAGCAGCACCAGGGUCCCCAGGUCCCGCACCAGCAACAGGUGCCGGUGCUGUCCUCCCCAGUCGGCUCGGCUUCCUCUGUGGCUGCCGCCGCGCAGAGGAAGAGCAGCUCGUCCCGCCGCAAUGCCUGGGGAAAUAUGUCAUACGCCGACCUGAUCACCAAGGCCAUCGAGAGCUCUCCGGAGAAGCGACUCACGCUGUCGCAGAUCUACGACUGGAUGGUGAAGAGUGUCCCUUACUUUAAGGACAAGGGGGACAGCAACAGCUCGGCCGGCUGGAAGAACUCCAUCCGGCACAACCUGUCGCUGCACAGCCGCUUCGUGCGCGUCCAGAACGAGGGCACGGGCAAGAGCUCCUGGUGGAUGCUGAACCCAGAGGGUGGCAAGAGCGGCAAGUCGCCCCGCCGGCGUGCCGCAUCCAUGGACAACAACAGCAAGUUUGCCAAGAGCCGCGGGCGCGCCGCCAAGAAGAAGGUGUCCCACCAGGGCCGUGACGGGGGCCCCGACAGCCCGGCCCCGCCCUUCUCCAAGUGGCCCGGCAGCCCCAACUCGCACAGCGCCGACGACUUCGAGGCGUGGACCACCUUCCGGCCGCGCACCAGCUCCAACGCCAGCACGCUGAGCGGCCGCCUCUCGCCCUUCCUGGCCGAGCCGGACGAGCUGGCCGACGGUGGCGAGGUGCAUCUGGGCUACACGGCCGGUCCCGGGCCCAAGAUGGGUGCCACGCUGCCCAGCCUGUCGGAGGUGACGGGCUCGCUGGGUCCCCAUGGCUCCGAGGACAUCAUGGAUAACCUGCUGGAUAACCUCAACCUGGUGUCUCCCAAAGCACCGCCAGGGGUCGGGGUGGGCGCCGGCGGAGGCCCCGCCCAUUCCUCCCCCUCGCCGAUGAUGCAGGCCGCUGCCUCUGGCUACCCGGUCUACAGCACCCCCAGCAGGGCACCCCUGCCUACACAGGACUACCGUAAGUGCCUGUACGGCCAGGCGGCGGCGCUGGCGGAGCCUAAGCAGGCCUACGGCUCCUUCCUGAACCAGUACUGCUCGCCGGGGCUCCUCAAGGAGCUGCUGGCAGCGGAUGGGGACCCCCGAAGCGGCGACCUCGUCCCGUCGGUGGAUACAGUGGUGACGCAGCCAUCCGGCGCCAGCGGAGGGGGGCGUCUCCAUCCGGGCUACGGUAGCCAGGUACAGAACCCCCACCCUCACACUGUUCAUGGGCAGGGCCCCCCCACCUCAGUGGCCCUGAAUGGCUGUGGCCCCCACCCCCACCCACUGGCCCACAGGAAGCAGCACCCCCAGCUGGUCCACCCCCACACGGCGCCCCCUGCAGGCCUGCUGGCUGGGUACAGCGGUGUAGGCAGUAACGGCUACGCCCGGCCAGGCCUGCUGCCUCCCCACCACCAGCACCACCAGCACCACCCCCAUGUGCAUCCCCACCCCCACGAGAGGCUGCCCAGCGACCUGGACGGCAUGUUCGUGGAGCGCUUCGAGUGCGACAUGGAGUCUGUGCUGCACGACGCGCUCAUGGACGGCGAGUCACUGGAUUUCAACUUCGACGGCAUGGCGGCGCCGCAGGGCUUCCCGCACGGCGUCAAGACCACCACGCACAGCUGGGUGUCGGGCUAGCGGGCGCCACGAGUAUGUCAGCUGCGUGUAUGUCAGCUGUUGUGCCCCCUACAGUGUAAUUCUUAGUAAGGGGUCUAUUCAUGUUCAACUGGCUCUGGGAUUUGGCGCACGCCCCUUUAACUCACCUGCCCUUUUAACUCACCUGCCCUUUUAACUUGCUUGCCCCUUUAACGCGCCUGCCCCUUUAACGCGCCUGCCCCUUUAAUGUGCAGGUGCAACCAGAAGAAUAAAUACGUCACGUGCAUCAGGAAGUGGAUCAUGGUCCACAGUCUACAUGCAUCUUUGUUCAAAACAGAAGGAAAAAUUCCCCCCAUCCUACUCCUGUCCGAUCUGGCAGUGGGAGAGACUUUCCCAUCGUGCAUGAUUCAGGCCACUUGAGAUAAAGCUGCCCCUCCCCCUCCCCUUUCCCACCCGGCAGCAUCACCAGGGGGUUUAUUUAUGCCACAGAGCACUUUUCGGCGUGCAACAAGUGCCUCUCCGAUAUCACGAGCUCAGCUGCAGAUGCACAGACACACAGAUAGAUAUACGGGUGCAGGUGGGCAUUCAUUAACGGACACACACAGACACACACCAGCUCAAGGUCACUGCCUCAUUUUCUUAAUUAUGGUUUGUUCCAUGACCCUCGUAUUUAUCGAUUUUUAACUGACAAAAGGUGUACAGCAUCCAGGAUAUUUUUUUUAUCAUGUACAGCGAGUUUAUGAAAUUGGAGCAAAAAAAAAAAAACUAAUUGCAGUUGCUUCUUUUAGAAAACUGGAUUUGAUUUAAAGUUUAUACAGGAUUGAUGUUUGCUGUGACAUUUGGAGGUCUGUCACACGCAGUGUAUAACUUGCUACAUUUACUGUAAAUAUGCAUAUAAUGAAUAUAUUUUUUAAUUGCUAAAAAUGUCAAAUUCUUAUUUACCUUUCUUUUUUUCUGUAUUUAAUUUUGCAAUUCUGUAUAUAAUAUGUAAGCAUACUCAAUAUGUAAGUCAUAACAGUCAGAGAGCAGUAGGUGGCGCAGCCAUUAAGGAACCGGACUUGUGAACAGCAGAGGGGCUGAGAUGUUGCACUAUAUGGGUGGUGCUCAGAUAUCAGUGCAAAUAUAAAAAUGUAUGCAAAUCAGGAGCUUGAAAUCAUAGUCUGUUCCUCGUGCCACACAGGCCAUUCGUGUGGCUAACUUGCCGGAUGGCCCUCGAUUGCCCCUGUGGUCCACACCGGACAGGACGAAGUCGUCUCCAGGCCGCAGUCAUUCAGCUGUGUUUUCCAUCCUUUUCAGAACCUUUUCCUCUCUUGGGAUUUCAUUAGAUUUGAUAAUAAUAAUUGUUUCCUCGCCCCUUUAGGUCCUGGCUAUAUGAGGGAGGUGUGUAUAUAUGAAUAUACACUGUUUUCUGCAAUGGUUUUGAAGCAGUGUUGGUUUGAUCAGGCCAGCUGCAGCUGGUUGGUCGGCGUACCUGUUGAUCAUCUGAAUUGGUUUUUGAGGUGCGGGGUCGUGACCCUAGUUAGCUCCUGGCCCUUGCCCGGCGAUUCACGGGCUCCCUCUCAGAGCAGCUGCCCGACUCGUGACACAAAUCAGUGCGGAGAGGCAGACAUGAAGACGGACUCCCCUUUCGCUAUUCACCAUAAGGCCCAUUCUUAGUCGAUUGUAGAUGGGGUGUCAUUUUCGGUAUAGCUCAGAGAAAUGCUCCUUUUCCAUACUCCUGUCUCCCCCCUGACUUUCAGGUGGGCGGUGUAGCGCUUACACAACGUGCAUUAUGGGAUGUGGGUGCAGGCAAGGGUAAUGCGAGGCUCGUAAUGGAUUUAAAAGUCCGACUCUUUGUCCUGAAUGGAGAGGCAGCGGCAGCGUUUUGUGCCUGGAACGCUAAAUACCGGAAAGUGUUACCUAAUCUAAUUGCAGCUUGUAUAUCGCAUUUUUCAAGUGUUACUUUUGUUCUGUGUCUUUUUAUUAUUUUUUUUCUAAAUAACACAUAAUGUGUGAUGCUCAUGGAUAAGAAAGAGUCCGGUAAACAUAUCGCCGCUUCGCGAUUCCGGUCCCCUCAUCCAGGACGGACACGGACCCCCCCAGUGUGCCCCCCCCCCAACACACAUAACUCCUCAUUCAUUACCUGUAUGUAAACCGACACGUUUUGAAGGGAUCAGUUACUGUUCGUAUCAGCUAAUAUUUCUGCUUGAUACGUGAAUAUAGCCGUUUAUCUGCUUAUCCAUCAUGUCCUUGCAGGUUUAACGGUUUUUACUGUUAGGAAAAGCCCCUUUCUCUUGGGAACGAGAGAUUUAGUGUGUGAAUCUUAUAUCCCUAUAGAGUAAGACCCGCAUUAGCCGGUGGGUGGGCGGGGCUUGAGUGUGGGUGUGGCCAGUCAAUUAUAAUAAGCCAGUCAGCAGCAGGUAGUUACUGCAGUAAGCCAAUCAGAUCCAUGUUCUCAGAAAACUGUAGGUGAUUGUUAUUUUUGUGAAUUGUGCUUAUGAUCCCAACUAUGCAUUCUUGUUUUAAGCUUAUGCUGUACUAUAGAACCAUGGAUGUUUAACGUCACAAAUUUUUAAAAAUCAUUAUAUGAGAAAAAGAUGAAGUAUUUAGAUUUGAGAUGAUACCAUGAUUAAAUGUUCUGUGUUUUUUGUUUUUUUUUGGUUAACUGACACUGUUUUCUUUAUAUUUACGUUAGUUUACACAAAAUGACAGAUGAAGUUACUGCUUUAUGUCAGUGAGAGGUGCUCAAGUUUCCUCCUUGCUGGAACAACAUUAAUCUUUUUAACAAAAACUUUAGAUACUUCACUUCUAUUCUGUACCUCUCCAUUGAUAGAGAGCAUUGAAGAAAGAAGUUUCUUAACUCGUGUACAGAGAGUAAUUCUAGCUUUGCUAUCCGCCUGUAAAUUUGUUGGAAUACGCCUGUUCCUACAUGUGGUAUACUGUAUACAUUUCCCACCUGUGUACCAGGAUACGUCGGCAUUUUUGAUCUUGUUCGCUCCUUUUGGACUCUUUGGCGCUCCGUAGAGAAGAAUACCACGCCCCCGAGAGUGAUGCGAAAUCUCGGACGGGUGACUCAACACGGAGGCUUUAGGACAUUCUGGAACUUCGGAAGUGCCUGACAGAUUUCUCAAAGCAGAGACUCUCACACUCACGAAUCACACACACUCCCAGAAAUGGUGUAAAACGUGUGCUAGGAUCCCCUUUCCUGCCAUUGCUGUAUGCAGCUAUACGUGUACAUAAAUGAUGUUAUAGAAAAUGUG